CAUUCCGCACAUGCGCAGUAGGCCCAGCAACGACAACUUCCUGCAAAAUAGUGCUCCCUAACAACAGACAAAGCUUGACACUGUGGAUUCAAUUGAAGGCGCUUAGAUAAAAGCGUUUCUCGUUCACCCCUUCAAUGGUAAGACUGGGUUUCAUCAUUUUGGUGUCUCGGAAGUGUUUGUGUUGCGAUGAGCUUCUCAUUUGGGUGCAGCGGGAGUGAGAUGCUUUCACUCGAUGCCAUUUUAACACCCGCUCCAAUGGCUGCUGAUGCCGACUAAUCUCUGGAGCGGAAAACUUUCAUGCCUGGGCCAAACUAAGUAACGCUCAAAGCCAGCUUAGUUAUUUAACCACCAUUGGCCCCAGACACGUGAGCUAAUAAGCAUGUAAUAUCGACAGCGCGUGACACUUAGCAUUUCUCUUAGAACCGAUAGUAAAGCGCGUGAGCAGAGCGGCUCUGUCUGCUAACGUUGGUAAGCUAACGCUGCUGUUGGGAAGCUUGCGCGGUGCCGUCUAAAUGCUGGGGUGCUACGCUUAAUUAGUGUCCGUUGCCACAGUAGCUCACGGUAUCGGUUAGUAUUAGUGGCUAACUUCUAGCUUCAUGUGUUGACAGAUUAUGCUCCAACCUUUCAAAUUAAAGAUAAACGAGCCGCUGUGUUCCAGGAGUAGGUGAGAUGUCAGACUUCACCUUCACUCAGACCGUCCCCGGUUAUUUGCUGGACUCAGCUAACGUAACGGUUGUCGGCUAACAUUAGCAGAUGUCAUGAAUAGGAACUUUACCUUGAGUGGAUGCUUUGCUGUGCCUGUUUGUUUUACUCUAGUUUCCAGUGUGCGGGACAAACAAUACCGAAAACAUGGGUGUUGGAUUAAACAGUGGUGUCAACAAUAUUUGUCUACAUCUGAGAUGUAUGUUUGUAAUGUGCAAACAAUGAGGAACGAUGUUAAUAUGUCUAAAUUUCAUCUUUCAUUUCAUCUUUAACAAAUUGUUCUUCCCAGAACAGCUUUCAGUAAAAUAUCAAGAAAUUAAAUAAAGUCGUGAACAUUAGAUGUUUCAUAUUUUUUUCUGUCAAAUACAUGAGUAUCUAUUCCGAGUCAGGGGUGUCCCCUCCACGUGACCCGAGCGGCCCUGUUACAGGUGGCAGAAAGCUGUGAUCAUAACAAACGGACAAAGCAGCAGCAGUGUUUAUAAACCGGUCGUCUCUGGUUUGAGAAAUGAAUGAGCAAUGAAUAUUAUUUAAAAAAACAGCACAAUAUGUUUUUGGGGUCAGUGCAGCUGAGGAAAUGUAGACUAUCUUUAUUUAUUUUUUACUUUUCGGAACCUUGAAAUAUCUCAAUCGAGUUGAUCUGCUAUCGGUACAUCAUCACGUGGCCUUAUUUCCCUUUAAACGUCAGUCCUUUUAUUUUUUAGUUCACUUACACAAGCUUGACAUUUUGUCAGUUAGGUAAAAGGCCGAUUGGGCGAGCGGCGGACAAAACGAGGAUAGAUGUUAUCCCGACUCGGGCCGAUCUCACCGAUACGACAGCUUGCACCUGAGCAGUUAAUGCGUCUAGAGAACAUGUUUUCGUUGAGCGAAGGUUAGGUCACAUGUAAAGUGGCACGCUUCCUUAAUCCCCGCAGUGAACACGCUCGUGCUGGGGGGGCUUAGACCAGGGAGCCCCGGUCCCCCACCCCCCCGUGCCGCUGAUCAGACACGCGAUAAGCGGUGGCUGCAUUGUUGUGCAUUCAUGAAACACGAGGAGGGGGGAGUGUCACGCGCCCGCAGCACUACAUAAGGCUUGUCCCUCCAUUUAUUCAGUGUGUUCCUGUUGUUACUGUUGCUGCUCGGGUGAAACAGGGUCCGGACCACCUCUCCCGGUGCAGAGAGUAGGCUGAGCGCGCAGACAUGUCGGGUCGCUCCGCCGCAGAGAUGGUCGACUCGCAGGAGCUGCCCGAGCUGCCGACAAAGAAGCCGAGGCUUGAGAUCGACGGUGGACUGGAGAAAGAGCCCAGUAAUUUAGGUGACGAUAGGAGUCCAGCUGCAGUGUUGGGCUCAUCGGAGCAGGAGAGCUCCUACUCUGCCCUGUCCACAGCCCACCUUGAUCCAGGUGAUCAGGAGCAGUCUGACGCGGACAGAGGGCCGGCAACUCAAGCAUGCGGCAACCCCAUGAACUCGUAUGCACAUUCGGGCGCAGACUCGACAGGGUCAUCCGAAUACGGCCAACAGGUCUAUCAGGGAAGCAACCCGGCAGUGACGUCAUACACCAGCCAGGUGGCCUAUCCUCCGCUGGCCCAGUCCACCGUGUACUCAGCCUUCCCCCAGACCGGCCAGACCUACGGCCUCCCGCCCUUUGGCUCAAGCUUCACAACAUCCAGUGUGUACUCCAGCAUCCCGUCGGCUACGGCUGCCACCACAACCUCCACCACAGCGGCACACCAGGAAUUCAGCGGCUACAACUCUCUGGGCCAGAACCAGUUCUCUCAGUACUACGCUCUGCCUCCCAGCUACAUGCCUGCCGGGCUGCCCAACAGCGACGACCCCGGCGCCAGAGUGGCCGGGUAUUCAGCCGUGAAGUCGGAGGAGGCCGCCUCAGCCGGGCUGCCUCCCAGAGAUGCGUCCCCACCAGAGAACCUCCCGGCAGGUGCGGCCCUUCCGACCAGCGUGGGCGUCCCCGCCGGAGCCACAGAUCAGGACGAGGUCGGACGCAGGAACUCUGUCGGCAAAGCCAAAGGGAAGGGCAAGAGGUCCGAUAGCUCCCCGCCUGCCGACAGCGACCUGGAGCGUAUCUUUCUCUGGGAUCUGGAUGAGACCAUUAUCAUAUUCCACUCACUGCUCACCGGCUCCUACGCACAGAAGUUUGGCAAGGACCCGGCGACGGUGCUGAACUUGGGCUUGCAGAUGGAGGAGCUGAUCUUUGAGCUGGCAGACACUCACCUCUUCUUCAACGACCUGGAGGAAUGUGAUCAAGUCCAUGUUGAGGACGUUGCCUCUGACGACAAUGGGCAGGACCUGAGUACCUACAACUUCUUGGCGGAUGGCUUUAAUGGUUCCAGUGGCGGAGGGGCAUCAGGAACCACCACGGGGGUCCAGGGAGGCGUGGAGUGGAUGAGGAAACUGGCCUUCCGCUACCGCCGGCUAAAAGAGAUCUACAGUAACUUUAAAGGGAACGUUGGAGGCCUGUUGAGUCCCAUGAAGAGGGAGCUGCUUCUACGGCUUCAGUCUGAGAUCGAGAACGUUACGGACGCGUGGCUCUGCACGGCGCUCAAGUCUCUGCUGCUCAUCCAGUCCAGGGGGAAGUGUAUGAAUGUGUUGGUCACCACCACCCAGCUGGUUCCAGCUCUGGCGAAGGUGCUGCUCUACGGCCUGGGGGACGUCUUCCCCAUCGAGAACAUCUACAGCGCCACCAAGAUAGGGAAAGAGAGCUGCUUUGAGAGGAUCGUCUCUCGCUUUGGGAAGAAGGUGACUUAUGUGGUGAUCGGCGACGGUCGAGACGAGGAGUUUGCAGCGAAACAGCACAAUAUGCCUUUCUGGCGGAUCUCCACUCAUGGCGACCUCGUGUCCCUGCACCAAGCGCUGGAGCUGGACUUCUUGUAAAGGAGGCGGCGUCCAACACCGCACACCAAAGGGAGAACCAACCCUGGAGGUCGUCCCGUCGGCCUGUGGAGUGACAUUGUGCGAGAAAAACCCUCCGCCUCCUACACCCCCUCCCCCAGAGACGAUGCUCGUAUAUUAUAAAAAUCUGCCCUCACAUGACAACUUAUGACUCUCUGCGUAUUUGUGUGUGACGGCAACGCACUGAGGCGGACUUUGGGUCGGAGCUGACCGCCAGAGACGGACUGGAUGGGCGAGUGAAGGCUCCUCACGCCCCGGCGCUCCCUCCUCUACGGCAGCUAAGCUCAGCACGGAUGAAACUGGCACUGAUUUGGACACGGAAGGGAAGACAUCCAUUUUUUUCUGUUUCUCCUCUUUUGGUUACAUUGUUGUUGUUUUUUAAGUAGCAAAAUCUCCCGCGGUGAAAACAAUCCCUCUUCAUUUUUAUUUCUCUCUCUGGAUUUUAAACAACCAAAGGCUCAUUGUUGUUGUGUUGGCGUUCGCUUUCGUUGUAGCUUUUUAUUAAGUUUCAAAAAUAAUCUCUCUGGGUUGUUCAAAGACUUACUGAAGGUCAUCAAGUAUCAAAUAAUCCCACUAUUACUCUCCCACGUAGCCUUUGACAUCUCAACACGAGGAACUACGGGGUUAAAAACCAGUCAGCUGAUCUGUGGUCGGUGAGCACUGCUGAGAAUCUUCUGACCAACCUGAAGCGGCCUCUCUUGUGACACUCGGCAACGUGAAACCAGAGCCGGAGGCAUGACUCAGCAGUUUUCCAGGAGUCGUAGUAUUAGUAAGGCAGAGCACGGGUCCAAUGAAGACCACAGCUGUGUCCCAAAUCCAUUCUACAUAUUCCUUCUAAUGCAGUAUGUGCUGCACACUAAUCGUCUUUUAGCAGUAAGUGCAAAAAACAAAAAGGUACAUACGUAACCUUUUUACGCUGAGCAGGGAAGGACAUAAUAAAUGCAACAAUGUGUGAAUGUUGAACUUCACAAAAAACUCAUUCUUAGAUGACUUACUCUCUGGAGCUGUUUGGCCACCCAACAUUUCAACUUUUUCUCUCUCUUUGGUUUCCUCUGUGCAGUGCGGGGGGAUCGAGGGAUCUAUUUUGAGUUCGUAGUGAAUGGAAAUGCAGAUUAUUAGCAUUUCCUUCAAAUUUGCACGACAUUCAGAUGAAACCCGGACUAUACUUUGAUGCCCGUUGUCUCGUACUCCGUCCACGCAUUGUUCGGAGGAUCACGGUCACUUAAGAGCUUUUCAUAGUGAAGACGGUUGUAUUUUGUAUAUUUUAAUACUCAUGCACGUCAUGUUAUUGCUACAAAAUCCGAAUAGCUUUGUUAAAGCGACUGAAUGUCAAAAUGGUCGUUUACCAAAAAGAAAUAAAUGCAUAGUUUUGUUUCCAAAGACAUUACUGAACAUGUUUUUCCUGUCGAAUUAGAUUUAGCUGACAUUCAUUAAAUCAGUUAAAACUGGAGCUGCAACAAACUAUUGAUUAAUACGCGGACUAUUUUCUUGAUUAUUAGAUUAAUCAACAAACACAAAAAUGAUCUUCAACCGUUUAAAAAUGAUUUUAUCCUUUUUUACAAGUCAAAGGAUCAUCGUUGCAUCGCUGGUUUGAUAUUCAUCUCAGAACAAUGCAGAGGUCAAUUUAGGUGAUUUGCUGCCUUUAAGUAAACUGAAUAUCUUUUGGGUUUUUCAAGUGUUAGUUGGUUACAACCUGGGAAUGUUUCUCUUUUUAUGUACGUUUUUUUGACAUAAUCUAAAAUUCUCAUCAAAUUUCCCCCAGAACCCAAAUUCACAUCUUCAAAUGACUUCUGACCAGCAGUCCAAACGCCAAAAUGCAUUCACUUUAACGAGGGAAAAGAAAUGACUCUUAAUUGGUCAAUGUCAAAAUGGUUUGCCAAAUAAUCAUCAAUUAAGUCAUUGAUUCAGCGCUUCUAAAAACAUGGGUGUUAUUAUUUGUGUCGGACAGCUGCGACCACAUGAUUACUUCCACAGCUUUGAAUUUUCAGCCACACGACAAAAAGCGAUGACUGUGCAAUACGUUGCUACUUUGCCCCAUUAACUGUGUUUUGAAGGGAUUUUAUUUUUUCUCGAGUAGACGGAGGGGUCGACCGAUCAGAUUACGACUGAACAAUACUGAGCCUGAAGAUUUCGUAUUCACACACAUGCAGCUUGACCGUGAAGAAUGUGUAUCUAUCUAAUGCGUGCGUUUGUUUGUCUUGCGUGACUGUGCAUAUUUAUAGCGUGCCUUUAGCCAUCAUCUGUAUGCAUAAUCUCAAAGGGAAAUGUGUAAGGCUUUUUUCUGUGUUUGUUUGGUACAUUUAUUGCUGCGUUUUAUUAUCCAAAUGCUAUCUUACUCUUUUCUUUGUUCCUAGACAUUGUUUGAUGUGAUUGUCCUGUCUGCACUGUAUUUGAAAGGCCUCCAUCUAGAAAACGAUGCCUCCUCUGUGGGGUGCUGUGUUUGAUGGAAACAAUGGAAAAGAUGGCUUCCCGUCACUUUGCCGUCAGACGCGUACUCAAAAUGUUUUAUUUGUUUUUUUUCCAAGAAUAGAUGUCUGAACAUGGAGUGACAAUACUUCGGCGGUUUUCACAUAAUUGUACUCUGUCUGCUUUGUAUUAGACUUCUGCUUCCUUUUGAAAAGGAGAUUUAUUUUGUCGCUGUGAAAAGCCCGGCGUCGCUGAGAGACAAUCACCGUCUAUGAACACAGAUUACCAAAGUGAACACGUUUUAAAUUGUUCAGUCUUGCUAAUAACUCAGUGAGUAAAAGGUGAACGGGCUCAUCUGUCAGUCCCGACACACACACACACACUUGAGAAAACUUAGGAGACCAUAUGCAAUCUUUGCAUUUUUUAAUUUUCUGCUUAUUGAAUGUGUUGUGUAUUUCUUUAUUGUCUGCAUGUAAUGUCGGUUUUGAAGUAUACCACGGCUGUUAAAUAUGUUACGGGACUAUAUUUUUUUGUGUCCUUAUUUUCUUUCCAAUGCCAAAUACCGUUUUGUUUUUUUAAAUUGUACGUAAACAACGUAUUUCAUCUCUUCAAAUGAGCUGUGAGGAUACAUUGGCUUAUGUAGAGAGCCUGAAUGUGAUCCUGUGAACUGAACACCUAUACUAAUAACCAAUGCUAAUUUAAUAAUCACUAUUUCCCCUCAGUAGGCGUUUAGGACCUGGACACAGUCCUGGAAGGUUUUCCUGUGUACCUUUUAGACAAUACAGUGUAAAUAAACUUUAAAAAGU